AUGGUCUCUGUUGCCACCAUUCCACAGCCUUCGGCGCUUACAGCCCCUCCCUCCGUGAAGCCAUCGAAGAUGUUGCCCUCUUCGUCCCCCGUAUCGAUUCUUAAGAGCUCCAAGUCAGCCGGCACGAAACGCAAGAUGGCCGACCUGGAUCGCAGCUUAUCCCCUGUGUCCUCUGCCUCCGAGUCCGUCGAGGACGCCCCGCCUUCGAAAAAACGCGCCCGUGUCACCUUCAACGAAAAGAUUCAGACGCACUCCUGGAAUCAGAACGAUCCGGCAGCCGCAAACGCUAUGAGCGUGGCUAUGGUCCGCGAAGAAAUUCGUCGGGCCAUCCAUCGUCACGUCUCAUCCGGUGAAAGUGAGGGCUAUGAUCAAAUCAAGGAGAUAUUCACGGCCGAUCCCAAGAAAGCCGAAGACACGGUGCAUUCAUACAGCCUCCCUUCCCAUACCACCCUGAAGAACCAUCUGAUGGGUCUUCUCUCUCACAUUGCCUCCUUGGAUCGCGGCUGCAGUAGCCUUGUCAAUGCUGUGGUGGAAAGUGAGUGGCUUGGCCGGGAUGAAGCCUACGUGAAGCUUUUUAUUCGGUUCCUCGGAAAUCUUGCGGCCGCGCAGGGUACCUACCUCGGUCUCAUAUUCAAGAUGCUUGUUCGGAAGCUGGCUGGCAUCGCUCGGGGCACUGGUAGUCUCCCCGGCUAUUCCGAGGUGCCCGCAUCUGAGAUCUAUGCUCGCGUCCACAUGGCCUUGCGACAUAUUAUCCGAUUGAUCCCGGCCGGCAGCGGAGCCCUCUCUCCCGUGCUGUCUCAUUCCUUCCCAUACGAGGCCGACCCCGCCAAAUCCUACGUGGCCUACACUCGAAACCUUAUCCAGAUCAUUGACUACGCUCCAGAGCUGCAGUCUGACAUUCUCGCCCUCAUCACGGAAAAGCUCGUCAAAAUUGACGUGCAAAUACAGGUCGACCUGGAGGAAUUUGAGGAUGAAAUUGGCGAGACCCUCCUCCACGGUGUAUCUCCUGAUGCGGAAGAGGAGCUCGACGAAGACGACGAGGAUGACGCCUCUGUGGUCAGCGAAGAUGAGACAGACGAGAAUCGACGAGUGGCCGAAAUCAAGGACAAUAUCUACAAAGUUGACGGGAUGAUCGAUAUCCUCUUUGAAUUUUACAACUCGUCAUUCACCCGAGGCACACUCGCGGACAAGCGAAACAGCUUGGACCUCAUCAUCAGCCAUUUCCAAAGCAUUAUCCUUCCCACUUAUAAGUCCCGUCACUCGCAAUUCCUCCUUUUCCACUUCUCUCAACUCCAUCCGGAUUUGCUCACCAAGAUGACGACCUGUUUUUCAGACCUGAUCUUUGGCAAAGUUCAAUCAGGCAUCAUUCGCCAAUCUGCGGCCGCGUACCUGGCCAGCUUCAUCGCUCGAGGGGCACACAUUCCCAGCAGCGUGGUCCGUCAGACUUUCAACGAAAUGACUUCACAAUUGGUUGGCAUGCAUGAAAAGUAUGAUGCGACAUGCCGUGGUCCUGAUCUUCGCCGAUAUGGCUCAUUCUAUGCCACUGCGCAGGCCGUCUUGUACAUCUUUUGCUUCCGCUGGCGCGAUCUCACCACUGCCUCGAUUGCAGGUGACAGUCCUCAGCAAGUUGACGAGUUGGAACCCAGCCAAAUCGCAUUCCCGCCACACGUCAAAGAGUCCCUGAGCAAGGUGAUCUACUCCCGUCUGAAUCCGCUGAAGAUUUGCUCUCCGGGAAUUGUAAACGAGUUCGCCCGCAUUGCACACCACUUUCAAUUGCUCUAUGUCUAUCCUUUGAUCGAGAAGAACAAGCGUCUUCGCAUCAGUGCUUUCCGAAGCAUCUCCACCGGCCUGGUACAAAUGGAACGCGAGAUCCGUGCGGGUGAUCAUCUCGGAUAUCAGCUCGACGCCUAUUUCCCCUUUGACCCUUAUCAACUGCCCCGAAGCCGGCGAUGGUUGGAAGGGGACUAUGUGGAGUGGCGAGGCAUUCCCGGUCUGGAUAAGGACGAUGAUGAUUCAGACAGCGACACGGAUAAUGAUGAUGACGAUGAUGAUGAAACAGCCACCGACGAGGAUUGA